AUGGCCGGGGUCACGAUGGCCGAGAGGGGCCGCGCGCCGCCACCCGCGCCACCCGCACCCGGCACGGAGGGGCUGCCGCGCGCCUUCUUGCAGAGCCUGCGCACCCUCUUCGACAUCCUGGACGACCGGCGGCGCGGCUGCGUGCACCUGCGCGAGAUCGAGUCCCGCUGGCAGGGCGCCGACGCGCGCGAGCUGCCCCGCGGCGUGCUCGAGGGCCUGCGCCGGGCCGCCCCGGCCAGCGGCUACCUGACCUUCGAGCGCUUCGUGGCCGGCCUGCGCACCUCGCUGCCGAGCGCCGACGGCGGCCCGCGGGGCCCCGCGCGCGUCCCGGCCCGGCCCGGGGACCCGCCGCCGCCGCCGCCGCAGCGCCUGGUGUUCGCGCCGGCAGACGAGCCGCGGACUGUGCUGGAGAGGAAGACCCUGCCCCUGGGCGCGCGCCCCCCGCCCGCCGGCCCCGGCGGCGCGGCCCGGAGCCCAGAGAAGCCGUGCGGCCCGGCCGAGGCGGCGCCCUGCCCCGCGGAGCCCGAGCGGCCGCAGAGCGCGGCACUGGAGCGGAGCCCGAGCGCGGACGCUCGUGCAGUGGCCUGCAGGGCCACGGAGGUAGGCUCGGGCGAUGCGCGGCGGGCUCCCCGCACUCGAGGGGAACGUCGGAGGCACACCAUCACCAACGGCGUGGACUGUGGCCUGCUGAAGCAGCUGAAGGAACUGGAGCAGGAGAGGGAGGUGCUCCUGCAGGGCCUGGAGAUGAUGGCGCGGGGCCGCGACUGGUACCAGCAGCAGCUGCAGCGAGUGCAGGAGCGCCAGCGCCGCCUGGGCCAGAGCAGAGCCAGUGCCGACUUUGGAGCUGUAGGGAGCCCUCGCCCACUGGGACAGCUGCUGCCCAAGGUACAGGAGGUGGCCCAGUGCCUGGGGGAGCUGCUGGCUGCGGCCUGUGCCGGCCGGGCUCUGCCCACAUCAUCCUUGGGGCUCCCAUGCCCUGCCCUGGCCCCCGCUUCACCCCCGGCCCCCGGCUGGCAGCAGCAGACCAUCCUCAUGCUGAAGGAGCAGAACCGGCUCCUCACCCAGGAGGUGACGGACAAAAGUGAACGCAUCACCCAGCUGGAGCAGGAGAAGUCCGCCCUCAUCAAGCAGCUCUUUGAGGCCCGUGCGCUGAGCCAGCAGGGCGCUGGGCCCCUGGACUCCACCUUCAUCUAGCCGGCAACUAGAGGCCGGGGACAGAACACAGCGUCUGCCCCAGGGUGACGUCCACCGGACCUCCCCAGGAAGCUGGACCCUGCAGAGGAAGGGUGAACAGGAAACGAUCCGGUGCCUCUCCUGGCUUUGGUGUUCCAUGCAGGGUGAAAACAACAGAUCCUCCAAGUUUGCAGCCUGAAAUCAGACUACGUGUGUGGCCCUGGAGACCUCAAGGGGAGAAUUUAAAGUGGGCCCAGACCGGCUGGGCCCAGGCCACCUGCAGAAGCCAAUGCAGGUCCUCUCUGGAGCCCAGCCCUAGUGACGCUGGGGGCAGGAAGGUCUCGGUGGAGGAAGCUGUUGGUCA